AGCGCGCACACGGCCGCUCGUGCUUGUUAUUUCGUCUCUGACUGAUCAAAGUUUUACUAAUAAUUUCGCAAAAUUCAUAGCAGGAUCAAGUUUACCAGAUAAAUCAUAUUUCAAAUUGUUGAAUCAUAAACUACGUAGUGAUUCUCAGUCGGCAACCCGUUGAACGACAUUGGUCGUUCAACUAGUUUGAUAUAGAUUAUCAGUGACGGCAGUGAGUGACGGUUCUUGAUUCCCAACUUUGUUAAUACCGGUCUGUUCUUAAACGAGCGAGAUGGGACCGGCGCUGGGAAGAUUGAAAAUUUUAUUGCGCCCAGUCCAGAACUACAACGUGGAGGAGCGUGCGUUCAAAGUCAUUUCAAAAACAAAGCCGACUCAGGCUCCCCCACAUCCCAAGAUGCAAUCCAUUAUGGACGAAAUUAAACAGGACCCAACAUUAUUGUCUAAAGGAAAAUUAGAUCCGAAAACUAUGGAUAAUUUAUCGAAAGUGUUUCUCAGUUCGAAGGGUGAUAAUCCCGUGAUUGAAACUAGGAGGAAACUGCCGAGAGAACGGAAAGGAUGGGAUGGAUACGAGUAUGGUUAUGAGGAGCCCGACAAGAUUCCGCAAGGAAAAGCUAGCAUGCGACAAGUUUUAGAUAUUUUAAACGCUUAUGAAACGAAACCUAGCAUCAACACGCCAGAAAAAUUGGCUGCAGAGUAUAACCUAAAUUUACAAGAUGUUCAAAAUUUGUUAAAAUAUUUUAAACCUUUUCAAGUUUAUAUUCCCAAGAAAGAAAAAAAAGAGAAAGUAGGACCGCUAAAAUUACUUCAACAGAAAAUGGAUCAAGUCAAAGAGUAAAUUUAUCAAAGUGUACGACUUUAAAAUAAGUAGUAAAAUUUAGCUUUAUAAUAAUUGUCGUGUUCGUAUUUCAAAGCGUGUCAAAUCCAUGCAUAUGAAACCAAACCCAGUGUUUCAUUACUAAUUAUUAUUGAGUCCUAAGUAAUAGUCGUUGCUAAAUAAAGUCUGAUCAAUUUA